AACAACUAUUUACGCUUAUAUAUCUAUUCAUCGAGAGCUGACAGCUGACAUAGAAUCGACGAGAUAUCCAACACGAGAGAAUGCGGCUUUACGGCUAUGGAUGUCCAUCAUCAUCAUCAUCAUCUCCACUACCACCUCCUCCUCCACGACCACCACUACUACUACCACGAUCAUCAAUCAAAUACCUAUCGCUUUUAUGUUUCUCGCCGUUUUCAUUGAAUUGAAUUGGAGAUGGCUAGCUAGAGUGUGGCGGUGUGGUGUUGUAGUGUCGUGGUGGGAUAGUGGUGGUGGUGGUGGUUUGGUAGUUGGUGUGUCUCGUCCGGUUGUCUCUGGCAACGUACGUCAAUCUCAUCCCUUCAACCCACCAUACUUAUCCCGCAUCAACCACCACCACCACCGCCUCGUGCCCGCUGAAACACCCCACCCCCGAACUUCGCAACACAUUCGGCCCUCGCUACCUCGCCGCCAAACAACCCCCGAAUCCCACACACAGCUCCACCCGAAACUGCCGACGUUCUGUCCUAUACGCACCCCGAACCGCCGAUUCCGUCCCUUGCGGGGAAGCUAAGCAUGGAAGAGGCCGUCCUUUUACACGAUGCUCUGGCCGUGGUGCGCCAGCAGACCCAGCUUAUGCGGAAAUGUCUCGAGACACAAGGUAAACUGAUGGAUGCUUUAAAGUGCAGGU